GCCCCUCGCCCUUGAUGGAGAGUCGCAAGCGCUGAAGCGUCUGACAGUGACACGAGACGCCGUCAGUGCCCGCUGAUCGCAUCUCGUCGGGGUCCUACCAUGCCUCGGGGAAGCCGCAGCGUGGCCGCCCGGCCAGCCAGCCGCCCAGCCGCAACUUCUGCCCACCCUCCCGCGCACCCACCACCCUCAGCUGCAGCCCCGGCUCCAGCUCCGUCUGGCCAGCCAGGCCUCAUGGCGCAGAUGGCGUCCACUGCCGCUGGAGUGGCUGUGGGCUCGGCGGUGGGACAUGUCAUGGGCAGUGCCCUGACCGGAGCCUUCAGUGGAGGAAGCUCAGAGCCUGCCCCGCCUGCUGCCCAACAGGCCCCUGUUCGUGCUGCCCCUCAGCACCUGCAGAUGGGACCCUGCUCCUACGAGAUCAAGCAGUUCCUGGACUGCUCUACCACUCAGAGCGACCUGUCCCUGUGUGAAGGUUUCAGUGAGGCCCUGAAGCAGUGCAAGUACAACCACGGUCUGAGCUCUCUGCCCUGAAGAGGCCGCUUUGGACUCAUGCGUCAGCUCUGACAUGGCUCCCAGGCCAUCGGUCUGCACCCAUCCCAUUCCCUCACCGACAGCUGGACCAUGAUGACAGACUGUACUUGGGAUUAGAAGUAAGGAUGAGGUUUCUUACCCCACAGAUAACCCAAGACACAAGCAUAUAAUUAAACUGUUUAUUUUAGAACAUA